GACCAGUAGAGGAAAAAGAGCGGGAAAUGGUUGUGGUGCAAUGGGGUUCUUGACACUUCUUGUAUCUUUCUCUUGCCUCUGAGACAGAGGCGACACAGAGUUGAAAGGACUCGUCUUUAGCGGAGAAGAAAUGAUAUCCACUCUCAAGAAAUUUUUUGGGUAUUCUGAGUUUCGGCCAUACCAGAAGGAGGUGAUCGAGAAAAUCCUUGAGAGAAGGGACUGUCUGGUUGUCAUGGCCACUGGCAGUGGAAAGUCAUUGUGCUACCAGGUUCCUCCUUUGCUUGUGGAAAAGACUGCCAUAGUCAUAAGCCCUCUAAUAUCUUUGAUGCAAGAUCAGGUGAUGGCUUUGAAAGAAAGGGGAAUCAAAGCUGAAUAUCUUGGAACUGGACAAAGCGAUCAUUCCGUCCAUAUUUUAGCUCAAAGUGGUCAUUUUCAUUUGUUGUUCAUGACUCCAGAAAAGGCAUGCUCGCUUGCUGUCAGCUUCUGGUCAAAAUUGCUGGAGGUGGGUAUUUGUCUGCUUGCCGUUGAUGAGGCACAUUGCAUAUCAGAAUGGGGCCAUGAUUUCAGGGUGGAAUACAAGCAAUUAGACAAGUUACGCAAUAUUCUCGCUAAUGUUCCAUUUGUUGGCUUAACUGCAACUGCUACUCAAAAGGUUAGAACUGAUGUCAUCAAUUCCCUGAGAAUGAAUGAUCCUUAUGUGGCCAUUGGCUCAUUUGACCGAGAAAAUCUCUUCUAUGGUGUCAAGCAUUUCAAUCGUGGUACUCUUUUUGUGAACGAGCUCGUGCAAGAAAUCUCAAAAUUUGCUGGGAAUGGUGGGUCAACUAUUAUUUACUGCACAACAAUAAAAGAUGUUGAACAGAUUUUCGAGUCGCUUCAGGAGGCAGGAAUUAAGGCUGGAAUGUACCAUGGCAAAAUGAGCAGUAAAGCUCGUGAGGAAUCCCACAGGUCAUUUGUAAGAGAUGAACUGAAUGUCAUGGUUGCUACUAUUGCUUUUGGGAUGGGCAUUGAUAAGCCAAACAUAAGGCAAGUGGUACAUUAUGGUUGUCCCAAGAGUCUACAGUCCUAUUACCAGGAAAGUGGACGAUGUGGAAGAGAUGGUAUAGCUUCUGUAUGUUGGCUUUAUUAUACAGGAAGUGACUUUACGAAAGCUGACUUCUAUUGUGGAGAACUGAAAACGGAAAAUCAGCGAAGAGCUGUUGUGGAAUCUUUGAUGAUUGCUCAGAAGUAUUGUGUACUGGCAACUUGCAGAAGAAAGUUCUUGCUUGAUUACUUUGGAGAACAUGUUUCAGCUGACAAUUGUGGAAAUUGUGAUAACUGCAGGGUGUCAAAGAGGGAACGUGACCUGUCAAGGGAAGCGUUUCUUUUGAUGGCUUGUAUUCAGUCAUGCAGGGGUAAAUGGGGACUCAAUAUGCCUAUAGACGUUCUUCGUGGCUCAAAAGCAAAAAGAAUUCUUGAUAUGCAUUUUGACAAGCUUCCACUUCAUGGACUUGGGAAAAGCUACUUGUCAAAUUGGUGGAAAUCAUUGGCUUAUCAAUUGAUCUCCCAUGGUUAUCUGGUGGAGACUAUUGAUGAUAUAUACAAAUUUGUAAGUGUUGGUAAGAAAGGAGAACAAUUUCUUAGCACUGCCAGGCCUGAUUAUCAACCACCACUAGUUUUGCCAUUGACUAGUGAAAUGGUUGAUGGUGACGAACAUCAAAGUGCAACAGGCAGAGUUGGAGAAUUCAAGAAUUUUUUGACUUUGGAAUCUGAAGGUUUUUCAGAGGCUGAGGUACAACUCUAUCACAUGCUUUUGGAAGAGAGGAUUAAGCUUGCAAGAAUCAUCGGGACUGCUCCAUAUGCUGUAUGUGGUGAUCAAACAAUAAAAAGAAUUGCCUUGACAAGGCCAUCAACGAAAGCUAGGUUAGCAAAUAUUGAUGGUGUUAACCAGCAUCUUCUUGUGAGGCAUGGAGAUCAUCUACUUCAAACAGUUAGACAUCUUUCACAAAAAUUAAACCUUUCCUUGGAUGGCGAAGCAUGCGUACAGAGUCUACAGACUGCUAAUGCCCGAAAGAUGCAUCCAAUUACAAUACCGAACCAGCAGAGAAAAUUGUCAUCAGCUAAAUUGGAAGCAUGGAAAAUGUGGCGUGAAGAUGGUCUAUCAAUUCAAAGAAUUGCUAAUUUCCCUGGUAGAUCAGCUUCUAUAAAAGAACAAACUGUCUCUGAAUAUCUUCUGGAUGCUUCCCAAGAAGGUUUUGAGAUUGACUGGAUCAGAUUUUGUCGUGAGAUUGGGCUGACUAGGGAAAUUGUCGUAGAUAUUCAAGGUGCCAUCAGUAAGGUUGGCUCUAGAGACAAGUUGAAACCCAUUAAAAAUGAAUUACCUGAACAUAUAAGUUAUACACACAUCAAGACUUGUCUGCAAAUGGAAAGCUGUGGGACGUCUCUAGAAGCAGUACCACCUAGCCACCUGAGUGUGUCAAACGUUGGUGAGCUUAAGAGACAAGUGUCUGAUAAUAGUAAAGAGACGGCCUUUCUUACCGUCGCAAGGAUGCAAGAAAAGGAGGUACAUCCUGUGCCUGAUGAUCUGUAUUCCCCAGGUAAACGUCAAAAAAUUAAUGGAAAUGAAGAAAGUUCCACUGAUUUAGAGGCAACAGAGGAUUCCAUGUUAAACUGGCUCAAGACGUAUGAAGAAGGGGUUUCGCUGUCUGAUAUCUUGGAACACUUCAAAGGGUCCAAUAGGGAAUCUGUGAUUGAUCUGCUGAGUACCCUUGAAAGUGACUUCAUGAUAUUUAAAAAGAAUGAUCUGUACAGGCUUUUGUGAUGAGAAAUUUCAUUAAAUUUGCUAGGCAUGAUUUUUUUUAUUUUUAGUCCAUACAGAGUUUGAACAACUGAAUUUGGCGUGUAAUCAAAGGGUUAGCAACUGCCAAUGACAUUUUCUCUUACCUGAA